UUUUCUCAAGUCAUCAUUUUGUGCCCUUCAGCUGUCAUCAGCAAAAUUCAUCUUCAAGUUGCAUGCAACUGCCAAGACUCAAAGGAAAUGCCAAGUGAAUUUUUUUAAAUGCUACAGUCUCAGUUAUACGAAAAUAAAGCUGGAAUCUGAGCCGAAUCGGUGGGUUUGCAGCGUAAAAUCUGCUCCACUGAAUGAGAUUUGUACCAGUGGCCCACAGUCCUCGCAGAUUGCCUCAUAUGGACUGCAUUCAGAAGUCACCUGGGAAACUUCAAAGUCUUCCCACGGAGGAUCUAACAGAGGAAAAGAUGUUGAGGUCCAGAGUAGAUGAGCAGUCAAGUUUGAUCUGCAUUCUGAAAAACAGAGCCGACGAGGUGUUUCUCCGAUAUCAAGCCCUGCAGAAAAUCAAUGCAGAGCAUGAGGACCAGGUGGCACGCUGUCAGAAAGAACUGGAAGAGGAAAGGAACAAAUCAGAGAUACUGGAGAAAAGAUUUAUGGAUUUAGCUGCCAACAAUCAAGCAAUUAUUGCUUUCAUGGAGGAGUAUAAAAAUCAUAACAGCCAGUUAAAAUUCGAAAACGAAAAGCUGCAGUCAGAGAACGAAUCGCUUUUCUCACAGAGGUUACACGACAGCCAAGUGUUAGUGCAAAAACUGGAGGAAGAAGUUAAACGGCUGACAGAGAAAUAUGCACACAAGAGAAAAGAAUAUCGGGAGAAAUUAGUUGGAUGCCAGAUGGAACUCCUGGAACAAGAAAAUCUGCAUAUAGCCAGGGAAACAUCACUAAUUGAUGAGCUACAGGAUGCACACCAGCAGCACAAAGAGGCUGUGGACAACUGCAAAGAACUGAAGCUGCAGCUACAAGAGGCUGAAGAGCAGCGAGCUUUGAAUGAAAUCAAAAUGAGAGAAAGGAUAACAAGUCUCAUGAAGGAGAAGGACAAGUUUUUGUGUCUUUCUAUGGAAAGAGGCAAAGUGAUACAGGAGAAACAGGAGGAAAUCCAGAACCUGGAGACAAAAUGCAAUGAAGAGAAGAAAGCGCAACUGGAGGCGCUGCAGAGGUUUGCACGUGAAGUAGAAGCCGUUAACAAAGAUGCAAGAGUGAAGUCCCUCCAGUCUGCUCUUGAUCAAUCUGUGAGAAAGUUCGAGAAGCUAAAAGAGGAUUUCGACGCCUUCAAGGAACACAGUGACAGCCUCCUCACACAGGAAAGGGAGCUGAAUAGGAAGCUGCGCCACAUGAUUGGCUAAACAUCUG